AUGUACUGGAGCUCAGUGGUAAAGAGCGGGACUCACCUUCAGCGUCAUCCGACUUAAGGUGCUCAGGAGGCGGCCGCCCUUCGCCUUGCCACCCGCUGAUGCUCACGGAGGAUCCGUGUCGUCUUUUUCCCCCCUCCUUCCUUUCUCUCUGCACCUUUGUGUCGUGCGAUCGACUCUUGCCGUCUGCUUUUCACACACACACACACACACGCGCGCACACACCCUCCACGUCCCCCUCCUCCUGCGUUUAGCAUCUGAAAGGAGCCCUGAGUGAGAAUCGAUGGCGCACGGGCUCGCUUGACAGGACAAUAAAGCACAAAGAAGGGAGCCUCCGCAGCAGCCAUGCUCCAGCGGGCGCCGUCUCCCCGCAGCCGUCACAUCCUUGUCGGCCAGGAGUGCCCCACCACCUCCACCCCGUCCUCUCCCUCCCCCUCCAGCAGCCAGCGACUCCUUCAGCCAACCGACCCCGGCCGACACUCCCCAUGAGGCGGCCACCUGCACUCACACAGACCGCUCUGUAUGGAGCCUCUGGCCAGUGAAGUAGGUGUCGUCAAGCAAGGGGAAUCCUAGACCCUGCGUGUGUGUCGCAGUGGACAUGGAGGAUGAAGACGGGACUUGUCUUCUUGAUGUUUUGUGUGACCCCCAAGCCCUGAACGACUUCCUUCAUGGGACGGCUGAGCUGCGGGCCGAAGACCUGCUCAUUAGCGCCUCCUCUGGCGAGGCGUCUCUAUUCGCAGACGCCCCGAGUCCCGUCUCGCUGCUGGGGGAGGACGGAGGCUCCCCGGGUACACCGCCGCCCAGCUGCGUGGAUCUCUCCUUCCUGGAGGAGGCGCUCCUCUCAUCACCAAAGGGCACCGAUGACCCCGGGCGCGGGGAGGUGCCGCAGGACGAGCCCCCGGUUGCCCCCGAAUGCCAGUCGAAGGAGGAGGUGGCGGCGGGGAAGGAGGAAGAGGAAGUGAUCUGCUGCGACAUCCUGCAGCAGAGUCUGAAGGAGGCCGACAUUACGGAGCAGACGGUGGCCCACACGGGGGCCCACACGGGGGAUUGUCUUUACCCGCCCAUCCUAACGCCGCCGGCAAUCCCCUUUGUAGCAAAGCCCGGCCCGACGGCCUCGCACAGAGACACUCAGGCAGCCGUCGAGCCGCCGCAGCCCUCCUUGCUGGCCGUGGGGCCGGGGUGCCCCUCUCUAAAACCCGCGCCCCCUCCUCAGUUGAUGGGGCUCCUACCCGGGAACGUUUUCCCCGCCCCCUCGCCAGAGACUUCCUUGGUUCAGGGCUCCGGUAUGAUCCUCCAGAAAUCCGUCAGCACCCGGCCUCUCGUGGCCACGGCCACGGGGAUAGUCCUGCACCGUGCACCCCACCCCAUUCAACCCAAGCUACCCAUCAGCAUUCAACCAAGACUCGUCCAGAUCAGCCCAAAGCCACUAGCGCAAAAACCCGCUCCGGGUCUGGCGCUCGUUUCCGGAACCGCCUCGCCAAAUAUUCUCCUUUCGCAGAAGCCUUCCGCUCCGGCCCCGGCGGCCCCUGAGCCGCUCGCCAAACCCGUCAGCCUGCAGCUGCUCAACCAGGGCGGCUCCUUCAUGCUCCAGCCUCAGGGACUCUUUCAAGGCCAAAACCAGUUCCUUCUCCCGGGUCAGUCCCAGGUGACCAUUACCCAGCCGGCCGCCGGGCCCCUACUGACCGCCGCCGCCGCGGCAGCCCCGCCGGGGACUCCCUUCAGCGGGCAGAUUGUGGACGGCUCGCAGAUCCUAGCCGUUCCCCAGAGACAGCUCAACUUCAGCCCUGUGUUCACCACCACGGCGCAGCUCACCCUUGGCCAGGCCGCCAUCUUCUCCCCUACCGUCUUCCAGAUGCCGGCGCAGCUCGCCGGGAGCUACGUGAGCAGCGGGCAGGGGCAGAGGGCUGCCCUGGUGCACGGACCGGCUCUGGGAAACCGGAUCACCUUGAUCAACGGCUCUGGGAUGCUCCCCUCGGACCUGGCCUCCAUAUCCAUCGUCAACACCCCCUCGGUGGUGCAGGGCCUGCCUUUCGCGGCUCAGCCGGCGCAAGCGGCCGUGACCGACGCCCAGCUGCGUCUCCAGACGGCCUCGGUGGUGCUUCUCCCCGAGAGAGGCGUCCCCGAAGAAAGGAGCGGCUCGGAGGAAAGUUUCCAUCAACAGCGCUUGGGUCCGGUGAUCCAGGAGCAGUUGUCAGUGCAACCCGUUGCCCCCUCGCCAGAUGCGACGACAGUCCUGCCACCCCCACCAGAACCGCCCCCAGCCCCCUCCUUGGCCCAAGCGGCGGAGGAUGUGGCCCGGUCCGUGAGUCGGAACCAAGACUUCAUGCAACAACUAAAAGAGCAAACGCUCGGCUCCCCCAUCACAUCUGACCUGAUGGUUGGAGCGGUACCGGUGGACUUUCUCACCCCGCCUUUGGACAACGAGCAAGAAAGCCAGCCAACGACCGCCAUGUCGGACUCGUGUCUGGAUGCCUCGCCUCUCCUCUCCGACACAUCCCUGCUGGGCUCGUCCCCUUCGUUCCAGGACUCGGCCACGUUCCCAGAUCCAAACCCCCUCCCUGGACGAGAGGGGUCCUCCUCCCUGCAGGACCAAGUCUUGUACCAUCAGUUCCAGGGCUCGCAGGAUUUGUUCGUUGACAGUGGAGGGCCGCUUUCCUCGCCUUCCUCUGAGCCCGCUUUGGUCGCCAGCAUCCCAGUGCCUCAUCAGCUGCCGGACCCCUCAGAUGGAGGGGGUGCCGACACCCCCGUCCAACUGCACCCACAAAACACACCGACAGCUGCCUUGGUCAUCGAGAGUGACGUACUGACUCCCGACAUCCGGUCGCCCUCUCCCAGUACCCAAGAGCACCACCGGGGUGCGCUGCCAGCUCCUGGGGAGAGCGACCCCAAGCUCGGAAACCAGCAGCUGGCGGUCGCAGAGUUACAGCCGGAGGAAACCGUCACACCAGCAACCCGACAUCACAGGUUCCAGCAGCUGCUUUGCUCGGACCACCUGGCGGUCCAGCACCAGCGCGCCGGCCCGGCUUUCUGCACUCUGACGGAUGCUGCCCGCCGCCUGUUGCCGUACCACGUCUGCGCCGGACACCCGCCCUCUCAGGAGGAUUUAGCUUUAGUGGACCAGGAGUUCGACGCAGCGUCGGGGUUCCUGCUCAAGCGCACCAAGGACAUGGUGAACAAGUACAGGCAGCUGCUGGUCAGGGAAACUUGGCAGGAGAGUCCGUCCGCCGAGAUGGUGAUGCUGGAGCGUCUCUUCCUGCAGGCGGAGCGCUUUUCCCUGGGAGAGGACAGACGGCGGGCACACAGAGACCCAGAGUCUUUCCUGAUGUCCUUGACCACACCAGCAUCUUCCUCGCACCAGUCGGGGACCUCGCAGCCUCCGCCGCCAUCCCGGGCCCCCGUCCCGGCCUGGACCAGACUGUCCAACCGCCCACCUGGGUUAAAGACGUACCGCUCCAGCUCGCGUGGAGCUCUCAGGCUCACCAUUAAGCAAGAGUGCAGCUCUCGCAAGGUGGCGCACGGUUUCGCCAGCGACUCGGGGCUCAAGCGGGACCGCGCGGGACGGCUGUCCAAUGGCGGCGGCACCAAUGGAGCGUCGCGGCAUUCUCGCCACGAUGACAAGAUCCCCAAUGGAGCAGAAUGCAAAAAGAAAAACCGUCCAGCGCCAAGCCCACCGGACACCCCCAGGGUUAAAUGCCUCAGGCUGGAGGCGCCGCCGCCGCCCCUCAGCCCACCGCUCGAAGACAGCUUGCUCAGCGAACAUCUGCAGAGCGCCAUCGACAGCAUCCUGGAGCUACAGCGCCUGCAGGGACAGUCGGCGGGCCCCCUCGCCAGCCCGUCACCAGCACCUUUGAGGGGUCACUUGUGAGGCUACGCUAGCACGGAGGAACUCCCCGGUGAGCCAACCAAAAGCUUGACUUUUGUCUGUUGCUAGGACGAUUUUAACCCACGUACCUUUCAUGCCCCCCCCCCCUCCCCACUUUUUUUUUUUAAUUGGCAAUUGAAACGGUGACACAUUUUGUUUGCUUUUAAAUCCACCACAAAAUGGGGGG